AAUCUCAGCUCCUAGCCAUUAAAAAAACUCAUUCCUCAAAAAAAAAGAAACACUCCUCCCCAGAUGCGCCGCUGCACCCACUCCCAUCGAUGCGCCGCCGUCCCCGUCUCCAUGCUCCACCGCCGCCCCCCGUCUCCAUGCUCCAUCGCCGCCCCCACCUCUCCCACCUGACGUUUGUGCUUCUAGAUCGAAGCCCAUGACGACGGCGCUCCCAGGUCGGUGACGCGACACUCCUGGAUCGUCCUCAUCAAGGAAGCGCGGCUUCCAGCCAACUAUGACCAAGAGAGGCCCCCGGAUCUGCGCUCCCGCGGCUGACGGCGGCCAUGACGAGGCUGCUCUAGAGCACCCCCUCCCCGGCGGCGAGAGAUUGGCCUCCACGUACAUGGAGUUGACCCCGGUUUUCAGGGAUGGUGCUGCUAGCGUUCAACACCAUGGACGGACGGAUGCUGGGCAGAACCCAGGCCAUGACAAUGCAGGCACAUAUCAAGGAUUCUCGACACCCUCAACUGAAGCUCCAACUCAAUUACUUCCCGUGCUGGACAUUGCUCCAACAUCGUCGUUCCGUCCAUGCUUCGAAUUGAUGGGUUGCCGUUCUGCCGACCUUGCCGGAAUCAAGUCUGCCCGUGCUCCAGCCAAGAUACGUCGUUUCGGGUGCUCGAGCAGUACUAAUUUAUAUUCAUGCUGCUAAUUUAACGAUUAUUUUGGUCGUGCCUAUCGAUUGGCCUGCGAGUGUCAAUUUGUUUUCCAGUGAACUUAAUCUUUCUUAUUUUCAUGAUUAGCAAAAUCAUUGCAGACCGCUUGUUUGUUGUCUGAACAAAAGACAUCUCUGAAAAUUCGAUAGAGCCUUGGACCGAGUUUACAUCUGUUAUCAUCUGUGUUCGAAAUUUGAUUUAGGUCUAUAGGAAAAGGCUAAGCUAAACCAUGUUACUACACAACAGCCAAAAGUUUGACUGAUAUAUAUCAGUAAUAUGGUACUAUCUUGACUGGUGAAUUCAGAACUGAUGCUUGCUACGUGCUACUAAUUUUCAUACUGAUAGACUUAACCAAAUAAUGUAUCAGUUGGGUAAAGUAAUCCAUUGCCCUUCUAGGAAAAUUUCAGCAAUUAGCCAGAAUCCAAUGCCACCCAUGGUUAGUAUUGUGGGUGUCCAUUAGUACUACCAACGUACUGUAGCCAGAUACAAGUAGUACAGACAGGUACUAAUCAGCGUCGCUCUGCAUCCUAAUUUCACAGUGAACUUGCCGCUGAUCAAUUACAGUUCUAUAACAAUGGUGAAAAUCUCACAUUUUCUCUUGGCAGAAAACAGUUUACAGAACAUAGCCAAUUAAUGUUUUGUAUGAAUCAGAGCUUGAUAAUUAAUUCAUCUGAAGAUAAAUUGGUUGUAGUUUGACUGUCUGCAUCGUUGUUGCUUCCUUAUUUUAUAAAUCUUCAUCCUAGAAUAUGUGCUAAGCACACACUAGGUUGAUUCGGCUAUUGUAGAACUCUACAUUUUAUUAUACAAAAAUAUUUCUGUUGUUUUUCAGCUUAGUGGAAAAGUUCGUUCGAAGCUUUGACUAGCAUCCAACCAGAGGAAUACCAUGAAAGGUUAGCAGUCUUAUAAGUUUAGAAGUGUGGCAUGGGUAGGGAUUUUGUUUUUCUGGUAACACAGUACUUGGUCAGGUUUUAGAGUGUGGUCCCAGGUCUCAUAGUAUUGAGAGCUUUGCUAUAUGUUGGAGAAAUUAUAUACUCCCUCCGUUCCUAAAUAUAAGUCUUUGUAGAAAUUCCACUAUACACCACAUACGGAUGUAUAUAGACAUACUUUAUAGUAUAGAUUCACUGAUAGACUUAACCAAAUAAUGUAUCAGUUGGGUAAAGUAAUCCAUUGCCCUUUUAGGAAAAUUUCAGCAAUUAGUCAGAAUCCAAUGCCACACAUGGUUAGUAUUGUGGGUGUCCAUUAGUACUACCAACGUACUGUAGCCAGAUACAAGUAGUACAGACAGGUACUAAUCAGCGUCGCUCUGCAUCCUAAUUUCACAGUGAACUUGCCGCUGAUCAAUUACAGUUCUAUAACAAUGGUGAAAAUCUCACAUUUUCUCUUGGCAGAAAACAGUUUACAGAACAUAGCCAAUUAAUGUUUUGUAUGAAUCAGAGCUUGAUAAUUAAUUCAUCUGAAGAUAAAUUGGUUGUAGUUUGACUGUCUGCAUCGUUGUUGCUUCCUUAUUUUAUAAAUCUUCAUCCUAGAAUAUGUGCUAAGCACACACUAGGUUGAUUCGGCUAUUGUAGAACUCUACAUUUUAUUAUACAAAAAUAUUUCUGUUGUUUUUCAGCUUAGUGGAAAAGUUCGUUCGAAGCUUUGACUAGCAUCCAACCAGAGGAAUAACAUGAAAGGUUAGCAGUCUUAUAAGUUUAGAAGUGUGGCAUGGGUAGGGAUUUUGUUUUUCUGGUAACACAGUACUUGGUCAGGUUUUAGAGUGUGGUCCCAGGUCUCAUAGUAUUGAAAGCUUUGCUAUAUUUUGGAGAAAUUAUAUACUCCCUCCGUUCCUAAAUAUAAGUCUUUGUAGAAAUUCCACUAUACACCACAUACGGAUGUAUAUAGACAUACUUUAUAGUAUAGAUUCACUCAUUUUGCUCCGUAUGUAGUCCAUAGUGCACUCUCUACAAAGAUUUAUAUUUAGGAACGGAGGGAGUAGCUGUUAUCUUGGUAAAACCUCCUAUGACCCUGUUUGGCAGCUCUCCGCUCGGCAGCUCCGCUCCUCGAGCAGCCGGAGCAUCAUCGAACAAGUCAACUCUGCGUUUUCUUCGUCCCAGAGCGGAGCGGCCUGCAGGCCAUUUUCUUGGAGUCGCCAAAGUGUCGCUCCUCGCGUUCCUGUAUUUCACGAAGCUGGUGGAUUGCCGAAUAAAUAAUGUUAUUGCUACUUUGUUAAGUGUUUAAGCAUGCCUACUAUGAUCCUGCGCUUCUUACUCUUUGUGCAUGGCUUGAUGUCAAAACACCAAACUUAACAUUUGCUUGAUUAAUUCAGUCCAGCCUUUGUUU